UGCCAGAGAUUGGGCAAUACACGGCCCUAAAAGGGUUAAACCCGGCCGUGUAGAUUAGGGAAUAGCAUGGGGUUUAGUUCAGCAACUCCCGGGGACCCCGGGUAAGGGAACAGGGUCCUAGCAAAUGGCACUGGGCUCCCCAAGCCACAUUCCUGCAUAAGAAAGAAAUAGCCCCAUUGCCAAAAUCAAGAAACAGGUUUGGCCAGGUACCUGGGUCACAUGACUGGCCCCCACCAAUAGCAGCAGGCCUCAGGUAAGACUUAAGGAAUCUUUAAAGAGUUGCUGGAGGUUCAGGCAGGACAGGUGUUUCCCAUCUCUCAGGCAGGACAGAAGGUUUAUUAUACGUAAGAAAAUGAAGGAGGACUCAGGCGUUCGGUGUUACCAGUCCAUCAUCAUCUUCGGCAAUGUGGUCCUUGGGCUCUGUGGCGUGGCCCUGACAGCCGAGUGCAUCUUCUUUGUGUCGGACCAGAGUGGCAUCUACCCCCUGCUGGAGGCGACCAACAACGCCGACAUAUUUGCCGCAGCCUGGAUUGGCAUCUUUACAGGGUUCUGCUUCUUCAUCUUGUCCAUCGUCGGAAUCAUUGGCAUCAUGAAGUCGAACAGGCGAAUGCUGAUGGUGUAUCUCAUCCUGAUGUUCGUAGUUUAUGCCUUCGAAGUGGCCUCGGCCAUCACGGCUGCAACUCAGGAAAACUUUUUCAUUCCAAACCUCUUCCUGAAACAGAUGUUGGACUUCUACCAAAAUCCAAACCCAACCAACAACGACAACCUUUGGAAAAUUAAUGGAGUCACCAACACCUGGAACCGCUUUAUGCUUCUGAACGGCUGCUGUGGAGUCAACGGACCCCAAGACUGGCAGACCUACACAUCGGUGUUCCGGCAGUCUAACAGCGAUUCUGCCUACCCUUGGCCACAGCAGUGCUGCGCCAUGAACAGCCUCGGGCAACCCGUAAAUCUGGAUGCCUGUAAACUUGGGGUUUCUCCAUAUGUCAAUCUGAAUGGUUGCUACGACCAGAUGGCUGGCCCAAUGACCCGUCAUGCCUGGGGAGUGGCCUGGUUUGGAUUUUCCAUUCUCUGCUGGACAUUCUGGGUUCUUCUCGGAAGCAUGCUCUACUGGACCCGUAUUGAGUAUUAAGGCAGCUCAGACUGACUUUCUUCCUAAACCUUUGAAAAAACGAAGGUCUACGACAACUUGGCCAACAUGAAGGACAUCCCUUUUGGGCCAAACUCCAAGCUUUUACUAACAUCUGUUUUAUUGGCCCAUGGACAUGUUUGGAAGGAGGAGGAGCCCCGUUGGGCACACAACUGCCCUGUGUAUAUAUAGUGUUACUGGGGGCAAAAUUGGUCAAAUGAUUUGGAGUUGUAGAAUGUGAAGUUUGCUCCCGUCGGGCUAAGCUUAGAAGACCAUUUGCCUCCGCCCUUUUGGAAUGCCCCGCCCUCAUCUCUAGACACAUGCAUUUUAAUAGGAGUUACACAAUCCUGCCAAUUAGAGUUUUUUUGGUGUGUUUUAUGUUUUUUUGUUUUUUUUUUCUUUUUAAAUAUGCAUUAAAGUUUAUAGUUUAUAAUCUUUGGAACUUUUUGCUUAUGAAGAAGUAAUUGCAAUCACAAUCUUUCCUCCUCCUUCUUUCGUUUUGUCUCACCGAGCUUUGUCAGAUGUCUCCACUAGGGGGUGGCCUCUUGUUAAUACUGUAUAUAAGUGCAAUUAUGGUUGUCUGUCGAUUGCAAUGAGUCUGUCACGCUACAAAAACGAUUUGGGGAGGGGGUUAGAAAUGGAAUGAAGGUCCGUUGAUGACUAGGCUGGAGAUCUUGGCUUAUGGGUAACGUUAAGUGAUGUCCAUGUAACACAUUGAGUUGACUAAACCUCUAAAGGUAACAACCCCUAUCUUGCCCCAGGUAGAUAUCAAUCUCUUGAAGCUUUACCUUCUAUUAAUCUAUCUUUUGUUAAUAUCCGGGAGCGUUAUGAAAGCUUCAUGGUCUUCUUGGAAGGAAGAGGAGAUCUUUGAACCUGGAAGUUGUUCUUCGGAGUCCUUUGUAUAAACCACUCGGUUGUCUUAUUUUCUCGGCUUGUUGCUCCAUUUCCAGUCAGAACUGCGUAGAACUGUCUAUAAUUUAUUUAUAAUAGGUUUAUCAUGAAGAUAUGGAAAUUCCUUUUGUUGUGCAAAUGGGUCAUUGGUUCAUUAGGAUAGUUCAUGCCACUCAACUUAUCCAGUUCUGCUUUAUAAUAAUCAAUAAAUAUACAUAUAUUGACUUAA